GACGGUUUCACCUUUUGGUGACCUGUUAAUGCAUCCUGAAUAAACAAUCUUGGACACUACAGCCGCGCAACACUAAAACUUAAUUACAUCAUGCCAGAAAAGGACAACUCUGCCCAGACUGAAGUCUUCCCUGCUAUCAGAUUUAAAGCUCUUGACUAUGUUUUUGAGGCCAGCACCAGUCUGAAAGUCAUGAUGAACCUGCUGGCUCUGCCAACACCUUACCUGACAGGUGCCAGUGACCUGUAUCCACAUAGUGGAAAGCUGCUUGAAGACACCUACAGGAAACCGUGGGUCAGAGGACAGGUGAUCUCCACUUGCAGACUUAAUGUCGGUGGCUCUGUCCUUGAUAAUCUGAGAGAAAAAAAUCCACCAGUAAAUUCAACAGAAAGAUUUGAUGUGAAAGAUGAGGUGGAGGUGAUACCCAGCUCUAAUCCUGACUCACUUCAGGAUUUAGAUGAAGAUUUGUAUGGUUCCCUUUUAAAAGACUCACAGACUGACGGUCCAUGUCAGGAAUCGUUUUUUAAGCAGACACCUGACGAGAUCACGGAUAAGAGUGAAGACCUCUUCUUGCCAGAAGAGCUCAUUCCAGUCGAUCACCUGGCAGAGUUUAAGAGACAUUUGCCUACACUGAGAGUCAAGUUGUCCAGAUUGAGGAUGCUUCCUGUAGCUGACCCGCUGCUGAGCUCAUCAGGAAAUCCCAUCUCAGAAGACAACAUGUUCAGCUGUUUCAAGCACUGUGCAUCUUAUGAAAAACCGGCAGAUGUGGACACCACUAAUGUUCAGACAUGCGUAGACAUCCAAGAGGAGUUUGUUAAACAGCCACUCAUGAACGGAGAGUUGCUGCUGUUGCCUGCUGUAGUGGAGACUCUUCAGCUGAGCACAGAAAAGUUCACAAGGUUUUCAAACAUCUACAGUCAUGUGAAUGUUUCCACUGAGCUGAUGGACGAGGAGAUUCCAGUCCUAGAUGUGCUUCAAAAAGCUUCCCUUUCAAAUCCUUCAGUGGAUAUUUCCAAGUUUGAUGUACCAGAUGAAGCCAGUGAAGAAACCAAGAUGAAUGGAGGCCUGAUUGAGUCAGAUUUUGCAGGAUGUGCGGUGCUUCCCACUGAAAUGGAGCUGGAGUUGACUCUCAACCCGACUCCCCUGAAAAGUCAAACUGACAUCUGUCUGUCCACCUCUGAGCUCAAGAAGGAAGAGAUGUCUCCUUGUUGCAGAAUAUCUUUGGUGUCGCCGAGAGCUCAGAAAGAGAUGAAGGCGGUACUUUGGAAGGCAGAGAAGCACCUGAACUUUGUGGUGGGCUUUCUGUUGUCAGAGCCUCAAAUGUAUGAACCAGCUGUUGACUUCCAGCCUCUGUGGGAAGCCUUAAAAGUUAUCAAACUAGAGAAAGAAAGUUUCAUAAGCGCUGCUGACAAACUGCAGUCCAAGAUGGAGACGGAAGUCCCGCAGUUAUCUUUGUGCUGCUACUGCGACUUCACAGAGAGUAUGAAGUCUGAUCUUCCCUCCAUCAGAGAGGAAACUGGAGAAGACUUAAGUAAACUGCCACCUGAACAUGUGGAGGUCGACUCCUUUCUAUUGAGCACCACAGCUGAAACUUUUCUCCAAAAGAAACCCACUGAUGAUUCAUCUCUGAAUGCCUCCCAGAUGCCUGCGUUCAACACAGUGAAUAAAGAUGUAAAACCAGCUCCUGACACCACCAAAUAUGAUAUUGGUGGCAAGAAGUUUUCAGAAGUUGCAAGCUGGUCUUCAGCUCAUGAAAAAGGCAUCAGCAGACAAGGACAUGACUGUCAGAUGGAGCUGAGUGCAAACAUUUCUGAGGAGGCUGUCGCCUCCACACUGAAUACUAGAGAUGAUGACAGAGGUUUGCUGUUGGCAAGAAAUCCACCAGAGCUGGACCUUGACCCCCUGGCCACCUUCAUGAUGCUUAGGUCUCAGCAGAUCGCUCCUGUUUCUGCAUCACCUCAGAGCUCAGGCAGCACUGCAGCACAUGAGGUGAACCACCAAGCACUAUUAUCAGAGCUGCAGCCUUCUCCAGUGCAGAGUCAAACACUGGACGUGAGGCCAGGAAAUUCAAACCGAGAGGAAGAACCUGCUAAUCAGUGGAUGGGUCAACUCAGUGGAAAAUCACAGCAAAGACGGGACAGCCAAGUAGUUAAGAUCAAACCUACAGACAGCCAGCAGCGAGCCUACUGUGAGCUGCUGGCCUUCGCUCAGCCUUGUCUGAGCUCUGCCAGACAGCUGGGGCUCAACUUCCCAGGGUGUGGAGACUUCAGCAGCCUGGCACCAGACCAAACUCACUUCCUUCUCAAACAACAGGAGAGGGCACUCUGCAGGGCCCCUGCACAGACUGCAGAACUGAUCAAAGAUCAGGAAGCGCUUUUCAACCUUGCAGCUCUGAUUCAUGUGCUGGUGACAUUUAAGGAGCUGCUGCUGAAGUGCGACCUCAGUACGGGUUUGGAGUACCUGACAAAGGCAGCUAAGGGAUGUGCAGAGCAGAGUCUGCAGCAGCUGCUAAAGAGGCUGCACAUCAUCCUCUACCUCAGUCAGAAAAACCAGGAGUCCAGCCUCAAACUGCAGGAGCUCCAGCACCUGGUGGCUGAGUGGCUGAACAGCAGUAAAGGACAGAACAGCACAGAUAAAAUUCUUGUUAUCGGCUCAGUUCACUGUGAUAGCAGCAGAUCAACAAUAAUCAACAGCUUGAACCAGGUGACAGGCGCAACUGCAGUUUGUCCAGAGCAGGACAAGAUAAAGCUCAAUGGUGCAAGUGUAGUCAGCAGCAUGCAUGAUAGUGUGUGCGUGGUGGUGUAUGAACAGGAUAUUGGCCCCGACUUCCCCUGGACCUGUUUCUCUCUAGUCGUGGAGUACGACCAUCCGGGCCAGUCUCCAUGGUCUGCAAUCUGUAGGGAGAGGAGCAUCAGCCACCUAACGUUCAACACCACCGUCUCUGAUGCAGAGAAUAUCUUGUGGUGCCUGGAGGACAACGUGCCGUAUGUGUUGUUUGUGACGGAGGGACUUAUGAACUAUCCGCUGCUACUGCAAAUGCUUGAGUCAGAGUUUAAUGUAAUGGUGCUGGAGAGGAGCCACUGUCCCUCCCUGAAGAGGCUCGGAGGGAUCCACAAUUACACUCUCAUCACAGUGGAUGAAAGCACCGCCAUCGUCAUUCAGGAGCAGGAUGAACUAUGUCAAGAGCGAGCCAGUGAGGGAGUGGUGAUGAGGCUGACUGCUCUCUCUCUUCAGUACAGCUGCUGCUGGCUCAUCCUUCAUUGUCCAGAAGGUCAGGGAGGAAGAUUUUCCAGUGAGGCCUUCAGCAACUUGGUGCUAGUCUAUUCAUCUCUGGUGCUAUUGAGAAUGAAGUCUGAGGAUUUGGAUGUGAAGGUGCUGUUAGUGUCAGAUGUAUUGGAAAUGGCAAAGUCCAUCAGUCAGAUCUGCUUCCACAGCCUGAUGUCCAGUGACAGAGACCCUGUCAGCUUCUUGAACAGAGACUGGCUGACUGUGAUGCCCUCACAGGAAGAAGAAUGUUUGUCACAGUUCCCUUGCAUUAACCCCCUGGUUGGACAGCUGAUGCUGAGCAGAGUGCCAUCCUUUGAGUGGCUCCUGGGGGCCUCAUUGUGUCAGCUGAAGGAGCUGCUUCCUGAGGUGCCACAUAAAGUGCUAAAGCUCUUCAGUGACACGACCUCCCUGUAUCCACUGGCAGCAGAUCCAAAAGACCGUCAAACUUUGACCACUGAGACAAACCAACAAAGCAGCCCACAGACUCACACUGGGGAUUAUGAAUGCAUGAAGUCCCCCCAUCCAGACCUUCUCUGUAGCAACCAGAACACCAGCUUCCUGUUCGAGAGUCCACAGGAGAGCUUCUACCCAAUAUUCGAGGAUGGCAACUCAGAUUUCAAACUUGACCUGAGUGAUACUUUUGGCAGUUCAGAUGUUUGUUUCCAGGGAAGCUGGAACAUCAAUGAUCCAUGGAGAGAGGAUGGGAAGAUCUCUGGCUGGAGGAGCAUAGCUGGAGCAGUGGGGAGGGUUGUUGAAAGAUCAGUCAAUGAGUGGACACGCAAGACUCCGCUAAACGAUUACACCACUUCUUCACACCCUGCUGACAGCCCACUCAAACUGGACUCUACCUUCAGUUACAGUACCAACCUGCAGCAGCCAGCCAGCCCCCAAACGUCCACAUACCCUACACUCUACAAGGACUUUAAUCCUCCCAGUCAGCACAUCACCUACAGUCUUAGCACACCUACAGGUAUCCUGUGGGGUCAUGAUCACGUUGGGGGAGGGAUGACAUCACUUUCAGCCAACUAUGGCUCCAGAUGCUGGGCAGGACAGGAGAGGAAGAGGAACAGAGAGGCUGCAGGCUUGAUUGGAUCAGUGUUGUCACCAUCGAAGAAGGGAAGGCUGAGCUAUGAGAGGGUGCCCGGCAGAGGUGAUGGACAGACGAGGCUUAAAUUGUUUUAGAAAAGAAUGGGAGAAGGAAUAAAAAAUAUUAAAAUGCAUUAAAACAUUAAAAGUUCAGUCAUGGCAUAGUUUGCGGUGGGGUUUUUUUUUUCUUCUCAGAUUACAUUUUUAGUUUUUCACCUAAAAGUCUACAUUUUAAAUGUUUAUAAGCAAUUGUGAUUUUCUGAAUUCCUUUUUUGUCACCAAAAAUACUGUUAAUGUUUAAAAAAGGAGGAACAGUUAAUUUUAUUAAAGUUCA